CUCCUCGGUGCUUGGGGUCCUGACCACAGCCAGGCCUGCCCGAGGCUUUGCCUAACUCUAGAGAGUCUGCCUCCGUUCCUUUCCCACUGCCCAUUGAGGAUUUUAAGACGGCGAUGAAAGGGCUGAAGUUGUGGCGAAGGGGGCGUCUGAAGAAUGGCAGACUCAGGCCGUCGUCGGGCAGCUCGCGACCCGGAAGUCGCCCGCAGAGCGAGGCCCCCGUUGCCGAGCGCGGGCGCGGGGGGCGGAGCUCGGCGGAGACGGGGAAGGGGUCGCCGCGGCUCCCGCUCCUCGAGUUGGGGGCUCUCUCGGGCGCUGCUAGGCGGACGUGGAGUCCUUAGGGCGGGUGGCCGCGGUCUCCCGGCGACGCGCUCAGCUGUGGCCAGAGGGGACAUGAGUGCAGCGGGGCUGUUGGCUCCGGCUCCGGCCACGGCUGGAGCGCCGCCGGCUCCGGAGUAUUACCCGGAGGAGGACGAAGAGCUGGAGAGCGCCGAGGACGACGAGCGCAGCUGUCGGGGCCACGAGUCGGACGAAGACACCGAGGAUGCUAGUGAAACUGACCUUGCAAAGCACGAUGAAGAAGACUAUGUAGAAAUGAAGGAACAGAUGUAUCAAGACAAACUGGCUUCUCUCAAGAGGCAGUUGCAACAACUACAGGAAGGUACAUUACAGGAAUAUCAGAAAAGAAUGAAAAAACUCGAUCAGCAGUACAAAGAGAGGAUACGAAAUGCAGAACUCUUCCUCCAGCUGGAAACCGAACAAGUGGAAAGAAAUUACAUUAAAGAAAAGAAAGCAGCAGUGAAAGAAUUUGAAGACAAGAAGGUCGAGCUGAAAGAGAACCUGAUUGCUGAGCUAGAAGAAAAGAAGAAAAUGAUUGAAAAUGAAAAGCUGACGAUGGAACUGACUGGAGAUUCUAUGGAAGUGAAACCUAUCAUGACCAGAAAGUUGCGGAGGCGACCAAAUGAUCCUGUCCCCAUCCCAGACAAGAGGAGGAAACCUGCUCCUGCCCAGCUAAACUAUUUGUUAACAGAUGAACAGAUCAUGGAGGAUCUGAGGACAUUAAAUAAGCUUAAGUCACCCAAGAGACCAGCUUCUCCAUCCUCUCCUGAACAUUUGCCUGCCACACCUGCAGAGUCUCCAGCCCAGAGAUUUGAAGCUCGGAUAGAAGAUGGCAAACUGUACUAUGAUAAAAGAUGGUACCACAAGAGCCAAGCCAUCUAUCUGGAGUCAAAGGACAACCAGAAACUGAGCUGUGUGAUUAGCUCUGUCGGAGCCAACGAGAUCUGGGUGAGGAAGACCAGCGACAGCACUAAGAUGAGGAUCUACUUAGGCCAGCUUCAGCGUGGGCUCUUUGUUAUCCGCCGGCGGUCAGCAGCUUGACUUUCUACAGUGUUCUUUUUCCCAUGACCCUUCCAGAGUGUUUCUUGUUUUUGUUUUGUUUUGUUUUCUUUUUAAUAGAAAAUUUCUAACUUACUGGGAGUAGCUCCCUGGCCUUGGAAAUGGAGAACACGGUCAUGGAUUCUCAAGGCACGUUUGUGGCCGGCCACUUUCAUCCUGUCUUUUCUGCCUCAGCUUCUUCCAGACAUCAGUCAGCAUAGGACUGUUUUAUUCUCAGGAGUAUCAGGGGUUUGACUUAGUUUUUCCUUUUAUUUCUUUAUUUUUUGCUUACACUUUGUCUUUUUUUUGGCCUGCUUUGAGUUUGAAGGGGCAGCUUUUUCCAUUAUCUUUAGGUCUUUCCACCAUGGAGAAGAACAGGAAGGGAUACAAUCUACGGGGCAUUUUCAUGUUUUGAAUCUGAUUAGUGGAUCACGUAGUUACUUUUGUCAAACCCAAUUCACUAUUUUCCCAGAAGCUUGGGGCAGAGGUCCUAGCAGAUGGAGAUUAAUUCUCCUGGCUCUCAGCCUUCUCAGAGAAGUAAGCGGCUUGUGUAAAAUUUGGUGCAUGCCUUCCAUUCCACUGGCUGAAUGACGGAAGAAUUUGUCUGGGAGACAAGGUGCACUGAAGUAAAUGGAGUAAGGGAGGGGACCUUUCAUAUUCGUAAUGUGCUAAAGUUACCGCAUUUUUAAAUGUUAUUUAAUGCAGGUGAUUUAUUCAGACACAUUUGUUUUAGCUCAAGCUGGAGCAAGAAGUGGUCAUUUCAGGAAGUUUCAUUUGUAAUUCCUUUCUCCCCUAUUCCCAAGUAGAUAGAAGUGGUAUGUGCCACAGGCUGAUUAUCUGGGUAAUCUCCAGUAGGUGGGCAGGUGAGAGUGAUAGUGCCGUAAUCAGUGAUCUGUAGACAGCCAUGCAUAAUUCAGGUUUCACUCUUGUUGCUGGUGCCAUUAUCACAUGUUGGCCCUUCCAAACCUGUGGAACCUCAUUGUCAGGCAGUGAGCCACCUAUAGACUCCCAGGAGAUGUAUAGUCCAGGUUGAAGACAAGGGAAGCUCUGCUGUAGCUACCACUGAACCCGCACUCUGCCUAGUGGGUCCCAUUGAGACAGUCUUCCCUACGUUCCCUGUUCCUUCUCAUUCCCAUUUUUUAGAGAAGUGAUUCAUUGGGUGAUAGGAUUUUCUGUACCCUAGUUGCCAUCUUGGGGUGUUUAAGGUGAAAUUGCACUUAGAGCAACUGUUGGCAUCUCUAUGGGCAAUCAGUUGACCUUACACAUCCUAGGAAAUCUUUGUAAUUCCCUUGGUCUCAAGUGAGUCUCUUCUGUUGUCUCUUGAGGUACAUAUCCCAAAGCAAUUUUGGGUGCCACAAAAGACAAGUAAAUCACCUUCUACCAAGCUCUGGCUUCCACAGAGACCAAACCUUACUGACUCAGAGUAAAGACUUGUACAGAUAGAUUUUUGUUUUAAUUUAAAAAUCCCUUUUCUUUUUCUCCCUUUUUUUUCUUUCUGGUGUUGGAGUCUUAUUUAGAAAACAGGAUAAAUGAUGUUGUUAUCAAAAGUU